AUGGCGGACCGGCCUGAGAAGGGAGGUAGGGACAGGACUCCUGGGCAUCGGAAUGAAGUAAGAGUCUGGGAAUCUGACCCCCUAGGAGCCGAGAAGCGGCAGCUGGACACGGCGUGGACAGGACCCAGGCCUACCAUUAAUCCCCUUUUCCUGGUUUCUUUUCCUGGUUUCUUUCCCUCCAGGAGCAGCGAUGAGGCGGGGGACCCGCGUCCCGCGCCACCCCCUGUACGACGCCGCUCCUCAGCCAACUACCGCGCCUACGCCACGGAGCCGCACGCCAAGAAAAAGUCUAAGAUCUCCGCGUCGAGAAAACUGCAGCUGAAGACCCUGAUGCUGCAGAUUGCGAAACAGGAGCUGGAGCGGGAAGCGGAGGAGCGGCGAGGAGAGAAGGGGCGUGCUCUGAGCACGCGGUGCCAGCCUCUGGAGCUGGCCGGGCUGGGCUUCGCGGAUCUGCAGGACUUGUGCCGACAGCUCCACGCCCGCGUGGACAAGGUGGAUGAGGAGAGAUACGACGUGGAGGCGAAAGUCACUAAGAACAUCACAGAGAUCGCAGAUCUGACCCAGAAGAUCUUUGACCUUCGGGGCAAGUUUAAGCGGCCCACUCUGCGUAGAGUGCGGAUCUCUGCGGAUGCCAUGAUGCAGGCACUGCUGGGGACCAGGGCUAAGGAGUCCUUAGACCUGCGGGCCCACCUCAAGCAGGUGAAGAAGGAGGACACGGAGAAGGAAAACCGGGAGGUAGGAGACUGGCGCAAGAACAUCGAUGCGCUGAGUGGAAUGGAAGGACGCAAGAAAAAGUUUGAGGGCUGAGCCGGCCUGUGCACAGCCCCGGCCCUGGCCCUGAGGAUGGCCCGAGGAAUAAAGCUGCUCUCUGAGCUGGGA